AUGGCAGACCUCACAACAUGUCUGCCCCUGAACCGCGCCUCUGUGGUGGAAGCACACAAGCUCGUCAAGCCACACGUGCACUACACGCCCGUCCUCACAAAUAAGACGCUCACCACCCUCGCCUCGACGCCGCGGUCCCCCGAAGACUUGAAGGGCACGAGAUGGGAGGGCCGCGCGCCCGCGAAGCCGACCCUCAGGCUGUGGUUCAAGUGCGAGAACCUGCAACGCAUCGGCGCGUUCAAGGUCCGCGGGGCGUUCCACGCGGUCGAGAGGUUGAAGCAGGAGCCUGGCUGGGUUGAGAAUGGCGGCAUGGAGAAGGGCGUCGUCACGCACAGUUCUGGAAACCACGCUCAAGCCCUCGCCCUGGCCGCGAAAGAGGCCGGCAUCCCCGCCCACAUCGUCAUGCCGGACAUCUCCCCCGCCAACAAGAUCGCCGGCACCCGCGGCUACGGCGCCAACGUAAUCUUCAGCGGCAGCACCUCCGUCGAGCGCGAGGCCGUCGCCGACCGCGUCAUCGCCGAGACAGGCGCCCGCCUCGUGCCUCCCUACGACCACCCGGACAUCAUGCUCGGCCAGGGCACCCUCGGCCUCGAGCUGCAGGAGCAGGUGCACGACCUCAUCGCCGCGGGCCACUCGGCGCAGAACCCAACCUUCAACUCCACCGGCCAGCCCUCUGCAUCAGAAGGCAAGGGACUCGACGCCAUCAUGACGCCCUGCGGCGGCGGCGGCAUGCUCUCCGGCGUGGCGCUCAGCUGCGAGGGCACGGGGAUCCGCGUGUUCGGCGCGGAGCCCGAGUUCCAAGGCGCCGACGACUGCAAGCGCGGGUUCGAGGCGGGCAAGAGAGUCGAGAGCGUCAAGACGCUGACCAUCGCGGACGGGCUGCGGACGCCGGUGGGCAAGUUCCCCUGGGGCGUGAUCUACGAGAGGAGGCUGGUGGAGAACAUGUUCAGCGUGAGCGAGGAGGAGAUCAAGGCGGCGGUGAAGCUGGUGUUUGAGCGGUUCAAGCUUGUUGUUGAGCCGAGCGGUGCGGUACCGCUUGCGGUUGCGCUGUUUAACGAGGAUUUUAGGAGCAUGGUUGAGAAGGAGGCUGGGGAGAAGGGGUGGGAUUUGGGGUUGGUUUUUAGUGGUGGUAAUAUGGCGAUGGAGGGGCUGAUGAAGAUUUUUGCUUCGUGA